ACCCUAAUCAACAAACCCCAAAACGGCCGCCUUAACUCCUCUCUCCCUCUCACCUCUCUUUCUCGAUUCUUCUCUUCCCGAAGAAAAAAACUAAAAAAUGAAAGAAAAAGUCGCCCUCUCUCACUCUCGUUUCUCGUUCUCUGUUCUCUCUCGAUCCUUUAUAGGAAACUGAAAACCCUAGCCAGACUAAGAAGGGUCGCCGGUCGUCUCCUUCCCUCUCUCACGUUCCCUCUCCUCUGAUCUAUGUAGGUACGAGACAUGCACGACCUUUUAAUUCUGGUUUUUGUGAUUUUAAUUUGGGUUUAAUUAUUUUCUUUUUGUUUCAGUCGAGUGGAGGAGAAUAAGGGGCUCGUUGGAUUGCCGGCGGCGAAGACAGAGAGAAAGGCAGCUAGAGUUAUUUGACCUCGGUAAGCUUUUUGCUUUUAUUUCCUUGGGUUUACUACGAAUUUGAAACUGAUCCUGAACUCUAUUUUGUUUUGGUGCAGGUUCUUAAUCCAAAAUAAAUGUAGGUGAGUUUUUUCAAAACCUAGAUGAUUUGGCUAGGAUAUUUAAAUUUGAAAAAAUAAGAUUAAGACAUUGUUUGGUUUAUUACCUCGGAUUUGACGGAUUACCUCGGAUUUUAAAUAAAUUUUUUUUGUGCAUGCGUUUGGUUUGUAAUUUUAGGUAGAUCUGGGUUUUUCAUGAGCAUAGAUUUAGCUUUUUGCUAGAGGAUAACAACUAGCUAGAACUAAUUAAUCUAUAUUUUGUAUAAUUUGUGAAAUCUGUUUUUUUUUUGGGCGGUGCAUGGCUACUCUUAGCCAUGGUGGAAAUGAGUCUACUUUUAUGCUAUAGAAUGCUACUUCUGGUUAUUAUGAAUCAAAGUGCUUGUGAUUCAUCCAUAUUUGGGUUAGGGAGUGAUUUUUUAAAUGGUUAUGGGUUUGUAGAUCUGAAAUUGUGAUAUGUUGAUUCUUGUUGGAUGAAGAUCUAGACUAAACAUUAAGGUUUCAAAAUGAAAAAGGGUUUUAGAUGAUUUCUAUGACCUUGUCAGUUUGAUGGUGUUCUAAUUAUCGGGUUUGAUUAUGGUAUGACGGAUAUGGAAUUUCUAUGUGUGUUGUAUUAGCUACUUUUCUUGACAAAAAGGGAAAAUCUAUGGCACAAAUAGUAGAUCUACGGAAAGCGAUUAAUCACUAUAAAUGGAAGGUAAGAAGCUAAAAUGGAAAGCGAGUAGCUAAAUUUAAACGAAAUACUCCUAUGUAGUGUGCAUAAUCAAUACUAGUAGAAGGAAGACUGUAAUAAUUAGUGCUCAACAUACACCACUUCAGUGGAAAUGAGUGAAUAGAUUAGCUAGUAUAGCAUAAUAAUAACAUAGCUGAAAGUGGCAAAAGGAAACUUAUUACAAAGGUGAAAUUUCAUUAUGAAAAGAGUUAAAGAGUUACAAAGCUGACCUGGUGCGCUUCUUGCUUGAGAAUACCCUUUCUUCUAUGAUCUUCGGCACCUUAUGAACAUAAGAAAGUGUGUGUAUAUUUAUUUCUGCUUCAUUUUUUUCCUCCAAAAUUGUCUCCCUUACAAUAAGAGCCGAAGAGCUCUAGUUAUAGCUAAAAAUGUAUGCCACGUGUCAACUUCCGAAUGGUCCGUUCAGAGGCUGUCUCUGCAAAUUGCUGCCCAUCCUUUCUUGCAUUGCGAAAUCGCCUGCAGAUAAGGUGGGUUGGGUAGUUGGCUGAAUAGGUCUGGGUCAAAACCCACCAUCCUCAACAAAUGGCCCCAAUUUGGGCCAAACGUGUUACUUGGGCUUUUGGACUUGUGUGUAAACUUUUGUUUGGAUCGGAGUUGGAUCUGGGUUCAAUCAUGGACUGAACAUUCAUUCCUUUGUUGUAGGUUCGUGGCAGGAAACAGGCUUGAAGUGGUGGGCCAAUGCUUUGGGUUUUGUUAUUCGAAGUGAUCUAAUCUAUUUGUAUUUGCAAUUUGGAUAUGUGUAGGAGAGUUGAGAUUUUUAGCAAUUUCAUGUAACGGGACAUUGAAUCGGUUAAUAAUACCUUCAAUCCUUCCUCGCAACCCAAGUUCAAAUCAUAAUCCAUGUUUUUCUUAGCUUGGCAAUCCGCCAUAGUGAUAAACAUGAAAAUAUUUAUGUUCGAUUCAGAUUUGGACGAAAUAUGGUGUCUACACCGGAUAUGAAGUUUUAGGGUUAGACAGGUAUGUGCCAUCAAGCAAAUUAGGGUUAGAUGAAUUUUUAGGAUCUUAUGAUGGAUGAGGCAACCGUACCCCUGCUAUAAGAAUUCCUUCCUAGAUAGAACCCGGGAGGAAACCUCGGUGUGGAUGGUGGAUAGUAACCAUUGAAAUGAUCUAUGAUCUUAAAGCCCUAGAUACGAUAGCCUAGAUUGAGGUGUCUGACAUGGGUUUAGGAGAUCCGUAAUCAAAGGCAUAUGGAUAACCACGAAAGCCCACAGAAAAGAGCUCACUCACCACAUUCUCUUAACCCUACUUGACAACCAUAGCUAGGAGGAUUUGACCCUAAGCAACCGUCUCAUCUCUAGCGAUCUCCUAACCACUUGGUUGGUUGUUUAUUUUGCCUUUAGGAGUAGAUUAAAUUAGACUUUUACCAAACCUUUGAAGCGAUUAGAUAGUAGUUUGGAGCGAACUAAUAAUAAUCUUAGGCUUCUCUUGAAAUACGAUCGAGCCACUUUACUACAACCUUAGCUAGGUUAUGUUUGGCUUAGUUAGGAUUGAAUAGAGAGUGUGCAUCAACUUAUAAAUUUAAAGCUCGAUCACGCAAGCGGUCAAUGAGAAUGGAUGGCCUUACUGGAGCAUUGGGACUCAACUUCUACCUAGUGUUCGCCCACAUGAAGGAUUCCUCCAACCCGACCGACAAGCAAGUCGAUAGCUUCUACCGCCAGAUAUGUCGAUCGGAGUUGGCACAGAUGGGAUUCGAUGCGGGGCAGACUAAUGUCACCACACUAGGACCCCUGUGGCACAUCGACAACCUCCUCCUCACUCGCUCUGGAUUUCCUAGUGUCUCCACUUCGCACAAGCUCACCAAGCGCGUGCCCUACUGCAUGUACACCAUGCUCCUAGGAUUUCACCCGAUGCACCUUGGGUCUCUUGUGAUGAACACCUUCUACAAAUUCCAUCUUGGUCCCCUAAUCACUAGGCCGGCGUGCCACUUCAUGGUGGAUCUCGUUGGCCUGACAGACAUCAACGAUUGGUUCGACUCAUUCUGCUUUGACAGGGACAUACUUCACAAUGCCAAUCUUUUGGCCCAGGCUGAUGGUAAUGAGUGGGUUGACGGUCUUUCUCUGCCGCCUAAGGAUCACGAGGAGUAUGAUGAUGAUGGUGAAAAGAAUGAUGAUGCAGAUAACGAUGAUGAUGAUGAUGAUAAGGAGGAUGAUAAUGUGGGGGACAAAGCUAAUAUGACCUUAGGUUUUGAAGGGGCUAGUGGUGAUGAGGGGGACCGCCCGAACAAUGCUUGACUGUCUCUCUGAUUCGGGCCUGAUUGUGCACAUUUUAUCCCUGUUUCCCUUGGGAGUUUAUGGCAUUUGUGCUCCUAAAAUGGUGGUUUUACGCUAGGUUUCUCGUGUUUCAGUUUGUUUCAGGAUCUAACGGGUGAAACCAUCCCUGGAGUCGAAAGUUGGAAGAAAAGGAGCAAAGAUCG